AUGUUUUGUCUUUCUGUGGUAAAGGACACCAUUCCGCUACACCCCUCUACCUUUGGGGCACCACCGGCCGACGCACUCAUCGCCGCACUGAACAAGAAAUACGCGAACCGCGUGCUACACACCGUCGGCCUGUGCAUCUGCGUCUUCGACCUCUCUCAGGCGGGAGAAGGGAAAGUCAGGUAUGGAGAUGGGCUAUUGUGGUAUAAAGUUGUUUUUCGUCUAGUCGUGUUUAGACCUUUCACGAGUGAAGUGCUCAUUGGCAAAGUCAAGUCGUCGGACGAGGACGGCAUUCGCGUCACCCUCGGAUUCUUCGAUGACAUGUAUAUCCCCGCGUCAUACCUCCCACAACCCACCGCAUUCGACCCAAAUGAACGCGCACACUUCUGGAUCCCCGACUCACCACUGACAACCGCCACCGAGCUCCUUGACACACCCCUCUCCUCGCGGAUGUACAUCGACCAAGGCGAAGUCGUGCGUGUGCGUGUGGAAAGUGACGAGUUUUGUGAUUUCGAGCCGGGCCCGCCGAGGGCUGUGGAUGGCGUCUUUGCAGGUGUUGGUAAGGAGGGUUCAGGAACUGGAGGACGGGCUCCGUACCUGGUUUGUUGUUCAAUUGCGGAGCAGGGUCUGGGACCCGUCGCGUGGUGGUCCGGAUCACAAGAAGAAGACGGCGGCGAAGAUGGGGAAGGCGACGAAGACGGAGAAGGCGGGGAGACAAUGGAUGAGGGUUAA